UCCUUGUUCAAGUGGAGCCGAAUCCCUAGAAUGAAGGCGAUGUUCCAAAAAAAAAUUCUCCAAAUUUGAAGAGAAAAAAGGGCAGAAAUCCAGAUCAACGGCGGUAGCGGGGAAAGAGAUGGGUUUGAUUUGAUUUGAAGUAUUGUAGCAAAGCUUCGUCUUCGUCUCAGUUUAUAUCGAUUUGCUUCUCGCUUCGCUUUGCUGAACCUUCUCUUCGAUCUCCUUCGAUCGAGAGAGCAAAGAGUGAAAAAUGAUGAGACCUGUGGAUGAAAGGGAAGGUUUUGCAAUGGAGGUGGAGACAAUUGUUAAUUCAUCAUUACCGUCCACAAAGAUUAUUGCUUCUGAGAUACUCCAUAGUAGGCCUCUUUCAAAUGUUGCUUAUUUGAGGACCUUCUGGAGAAUACUCAUUGGACUUUCUAAGAGCAUUAAAGUUGUUAUUUUCUCUGCAAAAAUUAAUAUUCUACUACCAUUUGGACCUCUGUCGAUCAUUCUCCACUUUCUCACCAAAAAUCACGGAUUAGUUUUCUUCUUCAGUUUGAUAGGUAUUAUUCCUUUAGCUGAGCGUUUAGGAUAUGCAACAGAGCAGCUUGCUGCUUACACUGGUAAUACAGUUGGAGGAUUGCUAAAUGCCACCUUUGGUAAUGCAACCGAAAUGAUAAUAGCUAUAUAUGCACUAAAAAGUGGAAUGAUCCGUGUUGUGCAGCAAUCAUUAUUGGGCUCUAUAUUAUCAAAUAUGCUAUUAGUUCUUGGUUGCGCUUUUUUUGCUGGUGGAAUUAUUCACAACAAAAAAGAUCAAAUUUUCGACAAGGCUGCUGCUGUUGUAAACUCGGGGCUAUUGUUGAUGGCUGUUAUGGGUUUAACAUUUCCUGCUGUCCUCCACUUCACCCGAUCAGAGGUGCACUAUGGAAAGUCAGAGGUUGCCCUUUCGAGGUUUAGCAGUGGUGUUAUGCUUGUCGCAUACGCAAGUUACCUUUUUUUCCAACUCAGGAGUCAGCAAGACAGCUACCAUCCGAUUGCAGAUGAAGAGGGGCAUAGUGAAGAUUCUGAUGAAGAAGAGCCUCCAGAGUUGAGCCAGUGGGAAGCAAUAUCAUGGCUUGCAGUUUUGACACUUUGGAUCUCCAUUCUUUCUGAGUACCUUGUUGAUGCCAUAGAAGGAGCUUCUGACGCAUUGAACCUUCCACUUGCCUUCAUCAGUGUAAUUUUGCUUCCUAUUGUCGGAAAUGCUGCUGAACACGCUAGUGCAAUUAUGUUUGCCAUGAAGGAUAAGCUUGAUAUUUCUAUAGGAGUUGCCAUUGGAUCAUCAACUCAGAUAUCCAUGUUUGUGAUUCCUUUCACUGUGGUUGUUGGUUGGCUCAUGGAGAAACAGAUGGAUCUAAAUUUUCAGUUGUUUGAGACAGCAACUCUCUUUAUUACAGUGUUGGUUGUGGCAUUCAUGCUACAGGAGGGCACUGCAAACUACUUCAAAGGCUUAAUGUUGAUUCUCUGCUACUUUAUUGUUGCUGCAAGCUUCUUUUUUCACACAGACCCCGUCGACAGUGACUAAUCCGACAACGAGGAGAAGCUAAUCUCAUCACACAAUCAACCGACUAAUAAUUACAUCACGCUGAAGGCCGAGUCAUUUGCCGCUAAGCCCAUGAUUUUGGUACCGUUUAUCAAAUAUACACACGCCCAUAAACUCAUUUGAUGAAAUCAGGGAGCAAAAUUUAGAGGUCUGACUUCUCUCUCGUUUUCAUUUCUGUUUUUCCCCCCUCUUUAAUAUCAUGUAAGUUCAUAGUUGAAGGUGAACAUUGUUGUCAAGAUAAUUGAAAUUUUUUUCCAA